UCUAGACGUGAAGUUGUGAACACGUCAGUAAGACUGUUGAACGUUGAGUGAACAUCGACUGUCUUUCUUGCGCAGCAAACGCAAGUGCUGCAUCAACAGACUCCUUAGCAGAACGCGAGGAGGACAGAGGGGGUACUGUGACGACGAUUUUAGUAAUGUCUCUUGAGAAAUAACAUUAAAGGGUCUCUAAACAUGACUUCGGUGUGGAAGAGACUUCAGCGUGUCGGCAAGAAAGCAUCGAAGUUCCAGUUUGCGGUGACUUUUCAAGAACUGACAGUAGAAUGCACGAAGAAGUGGCAGCCAGACAAACUGAGAGUAGUAUGGAGCAGGAGAAACAGGAGACAUUGCACCAAGCUGCAUGGGUGGCAGCCUGGCAUCAAGAACCCCUACAGGGGCACGGUGGUGUGGCAGGUGCCCGAAAACCUGGACAUCACCGUCACACUCUUCAAGGACCCAACUGCAGAUGAAUUUGAAGACAAAGACUGGACAUUCAUCAUUGAGAAUGAGACUAACAAGGGCCACAGGAAGGUGCUGGCGUCGGUGGACGUCAACAUGAAGAAGUUUGCCAGCGCCACCCAUGCCCAGUACGACCUGAUGCUGAAGCUCAAGCCCCUGUCUGUGAAGGUGGUGGAAGCCACACUCAAACUGACCUUGACCUGCGUCUUCCUCAAAGAGGGCAAGGCCACAGAUGAGGACAUGCAGAGUCUGGCCAGUCUGAUGAGCCUGAAGCAGAGUGACAUCGGCAACCUGGACGACUUCAACGAUAGUGACGAGGAGGAGGGCGAGAGGAGGGUCAGCAUCGGAGCCGGCGUGGGCCCUGCCACUGCCGUCACAGCACCCAUGAGAAGAAUACGUGAUCAGGCAUGGAGGCCUGUGAUUGACCCAGAGACCACAGCUGCCAGUGAGAUAGAUUGGAGUAGCUCAUUUGGCACUGUCUCUACCAUCUCACUCCUGUCAUGCCCCCCUCUGCCCCUACCCCUCGACCCCUCUGCCCCGCCUCCCGCCUCUGCCGCCCGCUCCCGACUCAACACCGACCUUGAGGGCACCACUCACCCGGCACGGCCCUCCCCCUAUGCCUACCAAGUGCCAGCCUGUGUUUGCUCCCACCCACCUGCACUGCCAGAAAUCUUCCAGCCCGCCGCUGGCUCAGUGCCCAUAUCUGUAGCCCAGAAGCCCCCUGGCUUCCAGAGUGACCUGACUCUGGACCCUGACAGUCUUUCUGAGGGCCACGUGGCUCCUGGUCUCUCCACCGUCUCUCAAUCAAGACCCCUCUCAGCCUCCAUCACUGGGCAUUCCUCCACCUCUCCUCUCUCCUCUUCCCCCUCUUCCCCAUCCGUUCUUCCACAUCCCUCUUCCCCUGAUAUUCCACAAACAGCCACCUUUGCUGCUGCUCGCACCAGUGCCUGGAGACCCCAGAGUGUUUCCUCCUUCAUCACUUUCGACACCUCCCCUCCUGCUUCCCAGCUCCUCCCUGUCCCCCGUCUGCCCAAAGCUUACAUCACCUCCCUGGCGGAGCCAGGCAGAGCCCUCACUAGGCCCCCCAGCCUGCCCUCGGCCCCCGAGACAGAGUUUCAGAGGCAGUUGAGCACUCUGACAGAGGAGGAAUACAGCUCGGCCACAACUCCCAACCCAUCAAUAUCCACACUUGACCCAUUGGCUAAGCCCUUUGGGACAACAGUCCAUGAGAGAAGGCAGGGGGCAUUCUCAAUGUUUGGAGUGGAGGUUGUCCAGGCAAUGGCAGGCCCUUCGUGUCAGUCUCCCAUCCAAGGGGGACAGACAUUGCAGUAUGGGAUGGGAGCAACUGUUGACAAUGAGCCAAAAGAAAUUUCACACAGCCAAACCACUUGUGAGGUUGUGGCCCUGGCAAAGUGUCAAGUUGUAGAGGACUUGGAGAUGAUAUGUAAGGAAGAAAUGGAAGAGGAAGUCAUAGAGCAUUCUGGGAAGGAAGAGGUUACUGUGGCUAGGCAGGUGGAGGUGUAUGAGAUGCGAACUGAAAACAUGGUUUCUCUGCCGCCAUCAUGCCUAAGAGUUGCCAGUGCACCAGGGUUUCUAUCCACUCAAGCAUCCUGUUCAAAGGCUCAGUUAGAAUACUGUCCAGUGGACAAUAGCAUAUUAUGGGAGAUGCCAAGAAAGGAUGGUUCAGAGCUCUCUAUCGAUAGAUCAAAAGAGGAGAGAGACAUGGUGAGAGGAAUGGCAGAUAUGGUCUCAUCUUGUCCAAGCACUGCCAGCAUUCUGGGAUUUCCAUCACCACAUCUGUCCAAGGAAGUAAAGUUAGAGAGGGAACCUAACAUGGCAGAUCUGAUGCCAUCCUGCCCAAGAGUGGCUGGCACACUCGGAUUCCCUUCUCUUGAAAGUCAAGUAAAGGAGUGUACAAUCAACAUUGAGGCCAUUUGGGAGAAGCCCCCGAAGGGGAAAAAAAGGAUGACCUUUAUGUCCACUCCACAUUUGGACAGAUUAAACGAAGACACGGAGCUAAUGAAACACAUGGUGGCUCUGGUACCCUCAUGCCCUACUGCAACAAGUAUUCCUGGCUUCCCCUCUGCACCACAUCCCAAAGCUGAGGUAGAUCCAAGUAUAUUGAGUCUUAUGCCAGCUUGCCCUAAAGUGUCCAGUCUCCCGGGUUUUGCAUCUACUGAGGGGGCUACAACAUUAGAGUGGCUUGUUAACCCAAAGUCUAUGUUUGAGCACUUGCAGAAAAAUAAGGAGAAUAAAGAAGAAAAUGAUUGUCCAAAAUACAGAUCGAAAGAACACAGUGAGAAAGUUAAAGCAAUGGUUGCUAUGGUGUCAUGUGGCUCAGACGUAUCCAUGAUUCCUGGCUUCCCCUUUCCACCACAUCCAAAAACUGAGGUGGGGCCAAGUAGUGUGAAUCUUGUUCCCACCUGCCAUAAAGUUUCUAGUCUCCCUGGUUUUCAAUCCAUUGAGAAGGAUAGGUUGGCAGGGUGGGUUGUUGACCAGAAGCCAUUGUUGAAGAGACCACUAAAGGAGAGGAAAGUCAUUAUUGACAGCUCAAAAGCAGACCAAGAGGAAAUGAAAACCAAUGUUCCUUUGAGGCUAUCAUGUCCACACUCUGCAAGGAUCCCUGGCUUCCCAUCUGUACCACAACCCAAUAUGAUGAUUAUUUUGCCUGCUUGCUCUAAAGCUUCCAGUGAGGGGGCUACAAAAUUAGAGUGGCUUGUUGACCCCAAGCCUAUGUUUGAGCACUUGCUGAAGAAGAAGAAGAAGAAGGAGAAAGAUGAUGUUUUUCCAAAAGACAAAUCAAAAGAAGACAUUCACAAAAUGAAACCAGUAGUUGCUUUGGUGCCAUGUUGCCCAGAAGCAGCCAUCAUUCCUGGCUUCCCCUCUUGCUUCCCCUCUGUACCACAACCCAAAGAUGUCUGCUUGGGGCAAACUGUAGUCAACCUUCUUCCAUCUUGCCCAAAAGUCUCCAGUAUUGCAGGUUUCCCAUCCCGUCAGCAAACUGACAGAAAAUAUUGGCACACAGAUCCACCCAGAGAUCAUCAGCCAUUAUGGGAGAAGCAAAUGAAGAAGAAGCAGAAGUUAUUGAUGGAAAUAUCAGAAAAAGACAAACAAGGAAUGAAAGGAAUAGUGGCUCUGGUACCAUCAUGUCCUACUGCAGCAAGUAUUCCUGGCUUCCCCUCUGCACCACAUCCCAAAGCUGAGGUAGAGCUAAAUAUGUUGAGUCUUGUGCUCGCUUGCCCCAAAAUGUCCAGUCUCCCUGGUUUUGCAUACACUGACGGGGCUACAGCAUUAGAGUGGCUUGUUGACCCAAAGCCUAUGUUUGAGCACUUGAAAAAGAAGAAGGAAGAUGAAGAAAACAUUCUCCCAAAAGGCAUUAGCAAAACGAAAGCAAGGGUUGCUUUGGUGCCAUGUUGGCCAGAAGAAGCCAGGAUUCCUAGCUUCCGCUCUGCACCACAACCUAAGAGGGAGCUUAAUAGUGUGGAUCUUGCACGAUCUUGCCCCAAAAGCUCCAGUCUCCCAGGUUUCCCAUCGACGGCCAAAUUCCAGACAGGAGAUUGGCACGUUGAACAGAAGCCAUUGUUUGAGAAGAAGCUGAAAGAUAAGACCGUAAUAAUCAAAGAUAGGUCACCAGAAGACAGAGAAAAUAGGGUGUCACUGGCGCCAUCUUGCCCAUGUGAGAGUCUCACUUCUGGGUUCCCGUCCUUUACACAACUCAAAGCAAUAGAAGAACAAACCGUGUUUUCCUUAAUGCGAGCUUGUCCAAGUGAAUCUAGAGAACCAGGAUUACCUUCUAGACAGCCAUCUGAAUUAGCUCGAACUCGGGGAGAAGAAUCAGUGAGUUCUAUGCAGCCAUUGUGGGAAAAACCAUUGAAGGAUAAUAGGUCAGAGGAUAUGGUGCUUUCCAAGCCUGACCUAGGCAGUGCAGUUGGAGAUGAAAACCUAAAAACUAUGCUUGCACUGGCACCAUCUUGCCCCGAGGCAGCAAGCAUUCCUGGUUUCCCGUCUGCCCCUCCUCACAGUCUAGAGUCUAUAGAGGCAAAUGAGACAAGUAUGCAGACAGAGAAGAAAGAGGUUACUGGAGAACCAGCAGAGUAUGUUCUAGAUAAGGGUGUCCUCGACAGCCCACAAAUAGAGAAAAUCCCAUCUGAGGAAUCUGAGGAGAUCCAGAAGUCCUCUGCAGUGUUAGAACCAGAGCUAGUCUUAGGAUGGGAGGUGUUGGAGGCUGAGGGGUCUGUGGCAGAGAAGCAGCAGGAGGCCUCUGGCCUAGUACAGACCAUUGUGGGUGUCUUCUCCAGAGGUUAUGAAACAGUAGCAGCCAUGUUGGGUCCGUCUGGCUCCUCUCCAACAGAAGAUGCAGUCCCAUCAGAGAGCUCCUCUGAACCUGUCCCAGAUACAUCUACCCUGGCCCAGGAAGCAUUGUCUGGAAAGGCACCGCACCUUGAGGGUGAAACCAAAAAAACGAUUGAACUCCCAACCACCGUUGAGCCAUGCUUGUUGAAUCUGGAAGACAAACAGUCAAUGAGUGAGGCAAUGAGACAAGACACUGAGGAUGGGUUUGUUAAAGUCCUAAGCAGUAUGAGAAAAUGGCCGUCAUUAACGGAGGCGGACCUUACUGAGAUCUCCAGAGGAAAAUUUGUGGUAACUGGGGAAGAGGAGAUUUACCUUGACUUGUGGGCGCAAAUAGGGGAGAAAUCAACAUUAAAAGCACAGGACUCUGGACAGAUAACAGGUUAUGUUGACAUUUCUUCAGCCAUGUCACCUAUCGAGACAGAAUUAUCAACUUCAUUACACCUGGACAAGGGCACCCAACAUGCAAGCACAGAGGAAGCCUCUGCCCCUACCUCACAACCUUCUACAGACAAGUUGCUGUUAGAGGACAAGGCUCAAGAACAUAUAGUACCCAUCCCAGAUAAACCCUCUGAUGAUCAGACACUCACCUCAGAUGAAACACAAUCGGAAGUUGCCGCUGUUGUCGCUGGCCAGGCUGUCCCUGCACAGGUAACAACUGAACUGGUCGCUCCUCAUCAUGCAAAGAAACGAGACGGUAGUCUUUCUCCAGAAACUCAACAGGAAGCUGAUGAUCAAGGGAUUGUAUUUAAGGUAGUCCCUUCACGGCCUCCAAGGAGAAAAGACUGUCUCACUUCAGAGCGCAAACAGAAAUCUGAGAAUGUAUCUGUACAGAAGCCUACUGAAGUGAGAGGAGACCGUAGUCUUUCGACAGAACCUCUAAAGAAAGAUGAUGGCCAGAAGGGUUUCACUGCCCAGGCACCAGCUGAGAUGGUACCAUCACAUCCUGGUAGGAAAAUAGAUCGUUGUCUUUCAACAGAGCCUCAACAAAAAACUGAUGCCCCUGUCCAGGUGCCCACUGAACUGGUCCCUCCUCGCCAUACUAAGACAAGCCUCACUAAAGAGACACCACAGGCAACCGGCGUUAUCCCAGCUCCACGCACAAGGGGAACCUAUAGUGCUUCCAGUGCAGAACGUUCACAGAAACCUGGCCAGUUAGCCACUGAACUGAUUCUACCAUGCCCUGGGAAGAAACAAGACAGCUUCACUCCAGAGCCAUCUCAGAAAGCUGAUGAGCCAGAGAAUCUGAUUGCCCAGGCGGUCGCUAAGCUGAUUCCAGCUCAACGCACCAGGAAAGCAUCUCUCUCUUCCGAACCGCGACAGAAAGCUGACGAUUUAAAGACUGCUACUGGUCAGGCCACAAUUGUUCCCCUUAACUCCAUAUCAUGUACCUACAGAGUUAUACCCCGACUUUGGUGUGGGAGAGACUGCCCCCCUCUCGAUCAUCAGAAAAAUAGCCCCGCCCAGGCGCAGCAAGAAACCUCAUUCUCCCCCAGUGGAAUCAAGCAAAGCAGAGGAUGGCGCAGAUGAAGCUAUGGCUUUAGAGGCCCUGAAUGCUGCCAACCAGGGGUCUACAGCUCCAGCCCAGAUAGAGGAUCUUAUGAUAGACUCCUUUGUAAAGGUUGAGGCGGAGAAGCAGUCUCCGGAAGUUACAGACUCAUUUGAAAAGGGUGUGGCAGCAAAGCAGUCUCCGGAAGUCACGGGCUCAUUUGAAAAGUUUGAGGUGGAGAAGCAGUCUCCGGAAUUGACAGAAACAUCCACUGAGUCACUUGAAGAUGAGCCAGCUCA